AUGUCCUCCUUCAUGGCUCCAUUUCGACUCGACGACACGACCACGCCAACUUCGGCCGGAUUCUCUGGCCCACUGGCGUCUCUCGCGAGCCAGCCACCACUCCCUCGCCGAGAGCUUGCCAACUCCCUCGACUCUAUGAGCCAAGCAUCGACGCCUCAUCGCCCACCAACACCACCAUUGUUGACCCCAGCGCCGGGCAUCGCAUUCACCGCUCACGUCAAAUCAUGGGGCCCCCAACAAAUCGCCACCUUCUUGAGCAUUUACAAGUGCGACAACUACACCGCUCUCUUUCAUCAGAAUGAUAUCGACGGCAAGGUGCUGUUGGACCUUGAUAUGGCGAGUCUCAAGGAGAUUGGCAUUGGAAAGAUCGGGGACAGAGUCAAGCUGCUCGGUGGUGUCCGGGACCUGCGGAAGCGGGCAGCCAAAGGCAACUUGUCUGCGUCGGGAACCACUGGGUCUCCCUCCCGCAAUGGCAGCCCAGUACCAGCGUUCGAGCACGAAGGCAAAGGCGCUCAGGUUCCGCAACGAUUGGCGAAUGCCACCACUUCGACACGGCUACAGCUAUUUCGGCCACCACCCAUCAUCGUUCCACCUCCUCACCCGACGUCGAACCCCCCGAUGGCCGUGUCGCCAUCCGGCCGCACGUUAAUAACGCCGAAGCCAGAUACAAGAGUUGUUACAUUGCCCACCGGUAAUGUGGGCCAAGACGCGUAUUCCACCACACUGCGUAUUCCGGCACCGCGCGGCAGAAGGUCGCCAAGCCCGGUGUUUGACGCUCAUGGUAGCGCAGCGCCUCGCUCAACAACUGAUACCAAUACGAGUCCCUCUGGCAUUCAACGUACAGUCUCAGACAUGGCCACGACACGCAAGUUCGAUCGGCGACAGCCAACAUCCAAUCGGCUCGACAACUCCACUCCCCGAUCUGCCAGCCCCCCACACCAAGGGCCCCUGCAUCGCAGCGUAGCGCUCGCACCUGUCCAUCCAUUCCGCCUCAACGGCGAUGACCUAAGGAGAGAACAAUUGAACUUGCCAAAGCGCAUAGUUAAGUUUGUGGACACCGAGGAUAUGACCACCAAGAAGGUCCAGUUCCCCCCCGAAACCUCGAGCGGGGUAGAAGCAUUGGAGAUAGUUCUCAGGAAGUUCCAAAAAAAGAAGGAGGGCAGUGUUUCCAGCUUCACUGCCGAUAUCGACAAUGACAGCGAUAAGCUUGAAGUGGACGGUUGGGGAGUCUACAUCAGAUCCGAGAAAGGCGGAGAUUCGGCUCUCCUGGACAUUUGCCAGGGCAACGCUGUGAGCCAUUACGAUACCGCAGUAAUGCACGAGAAUGGACUGCUACUGCGGAAAGUGUCCCACGCCCAAAAUCGCAAGAACAUUCAGCAGUUUCUGGGGCCUAUCGAUCACCUGCCCACGUCACCUCAUUCGCCUAUUCGCGAAGCACGCGGUGUUACAACCUUGACUAUCCCAAGCCAGGAUUCCUCAACAACGAAGAACCCGAAACGCGCGAGUGCGCUGUCGAUCUUGUCCGGUCUCCACGUUCACGGUAUCGAAACGUCACCCUCGCAGAUGUCAUCCACUUCACCAUCUGGCGGCGGCGUAUCCAAGCCCAGAUGGAUGUACAGCUUUCGUGGCCAUCGCCCGCCCUCAGAGCUCAUUUCUAGCCACCUGGCCGAAUACUUUCCUGCAGUCAAGAAGAAGGAACUUGAGAAGACGGUUCGCCAGAGUAUGCUGCGCUUGUCUCAUGGGCAAAGCGACCGACUUGGAAUGGCCAUCGCGUCGCCGCGGUCCAGUGUGGAGAACGUGUCGAGCCCGAACAGGAUGGGGCGUCCUGCGUCAACCAGAACCGUUUCGUCAACAACGACACCCGCUGCAAUCCCUGAGGAGGGCGAGAUAACCACCGAUGGCUCCCGCCGUUCUGCCAUCGACAGUGAAACAGGUCAACAACAAGGCCUCGCCCGUGAUAGCCACCCUCCGCUACUUCCACCGUUCGAGUCCACUGGGGAGAGCUUGGUAGACUCGCUGCAAGAGUAUUCACCAGCGCCUUCGACUGUCAGACCACAGGCCUUGCGGCCGCGUCGUGGAUCGUCGGGGUCUAAUAUGAGUCGAAUCAGUAUCCUGUCGUCUAUCCGCCGCAAUCGAGAUCGAAGCGAUACAGCCAGUCUCCUCACAGUGGACGAAAUCACUGCCGAGGUGGAGAAUCGUAGAGCUAGCAUGGGCACGCUUGACCACGAAUCGGUUUUGACCUCCAGAAGCGACAGCGAUGACGACUCCGUCAUGUCUGACGACGACGAAAACGAUUUUGACGAUGACGAUGAGGACUCGGACGCAACCAGUGACGAUGACAGGAAGGGACCGGGUCGCGCAUUCACCUCCACCGGAUCUAAGCGGAGCAUCAAAUGGAUCAAAGGCGCCCUUAUUGGUGCCGGAUCGUUUGGCUCUGUUUAUCUCGGAAUGGACGCCCAGUCAGGCCUAUUGAUGGCGGUCAAGCAAGUGGAAUUACCAUCAUCGUCGGGCGAUAUCCGCAACGAGGAGAGAAGGCGAAACAUGGUGCAGGCACUUGAGCGUGAGAUCGACAUUCUCAAGGAGCUUCAGCAUGAGAACAUUGUCACCUACCUGGAUUCAGCCACAGACAACGACAAACAUCUCAACAUUUUCUUGGAGUAUGUGCCAGGAGGCUCAGUGGCCGCUCUUCUCAACAACUAUGGCGCUUUCGAAGAAGCACUUGUGCGCAACUUUUCGCGACAAAUCAUCACCGGCUUGAACUAUCUUCACGAGCGGGGCAUCAUUCACCGAGACAUCAAGGGCGCCAACAUCCUGGUCGACAACAAGGGCGGCAUUAAAAUAUCCGACUUCGGCAUCUCCAAGAAAGCUGAAAAUAGCCUGAUGGGAAUCCGUGGCAAUCGGCCGUCUUUGCAAGGCUCAGUGUUCUGGAUGGCUCCUGAAGCUGUGAAGCAGACAAGUUAUACCUCGAAGGCGGACAUUUGGAGUGUUGGGUGCCUUGUCGUCGAGAUGCUGACAGGCACCCACCCUUGGGCAGAGCUAUCUCAAAUGCAAGCCCUCUACAAGGUACGUCCUGCGUGGAAAGUUUCUGCUAACAAGCAGAUUGGCGGAUCAGAGGCUCCCAAGCCCCCUACUCCGAACGAUAUUUCUCCCGACGCAGCGUCCUUCCUUCAGCGGACAUUCGAAAUCAACCACAACGCACGCCCCACUGCAUCGGCAUUGCUGGAGCAUCCGUUCAUCGCAGUUCCAGGUGGAGGAGUCUCGAUAGACAGUGCAACAGCGACGCUCGAAGCCGCUGCUGCGGCACGCAAAGUCACCGCUCCACCAAGUGGGGUGGGGUUAGGAUUUGGAAUGGCUUCGAGGUCUGCGGGCAACAAUGUAUGA